AUGCUGUUCCAGACUAUUCUCGUGUACCUUGCAUUCCAGGCAAGCAGUGUGUCGGCAGUCGCUUUUGAAAGACGACAUGCCCCUCUCACUGGACAUACUUUCGACUAUGUCGUGGUUGGAGGAGGUACUGGAGGGAGUGCUCUCGCGACCCGCCUGGCGCAGAGCAAUCACAAGGUUGCCCUGAUCGAGGCAGGGGGCUACUAUGAGCUCGAGUCUCUUGCUGAGGUCCCGGCAGCCGAUGUCCUGCCCGCAGGGUCAGACCCAAAAACGAAAGCCCCCGAGGACUGGGGCUUUGUCGCGAAUAAUGUCCCGGGUGCCAAUGGGAGGGAUAUACACUAUGCCCGUGGAAAGUGCCUAGGAGGAUCCCCCACGCGCGAAUCCAUGGCCCAAUGGGCCACGGCAGUCGAUGACCCCAGUUACAAUUUCGAUGAAGUGCUUCCGCUAUACAAGAAGAGCGUGGACUUCACCCCACCCAACACGAAGUACAGAGCCGAAAACGCUUCAGCGAGUUACGACUCUAGUGCGUAUGACUCCCAGGGUGGUCCAUUGCAAGUGUCUUAUGCGAACUUUGCCAUGCCCUUUUCCUCGUGGAUGAACCUGGGAAUGGAGGCGAUUGGAAUCGACAAAGCAGAUGAUUUCAACCUGGGAUCCCUGAUGGGAGCACAGUAUUGUUCUUCGACCAUCGAUCCGGCCACCGAAUUUCGCAGCAGCUCAGAGGAAUCGUUCCUUUCCAAGAUCAAGCCGAGAAGCCUAACCACCUAUUCUAGCACCCUUGCAAAGAAGGUAGUGUUUGACGAAAACAAGAAGGCAACUGGAGUUGAAGUCAAAGGUGCAUUGGGCCGCACAGUCACCAUCAAGGCCACCAAGGAAGUCAUCAUCUCCGCGGGUGCAUUCCAAUCACCACAGCUUCUGAUGGUAUCCGGCGUUGGUCCUGCAGAUCAACUGAAGGAACAUGGCAUUGAUGUUAUUGCCGAUCGUCCAGGUGUUGGCCAGAACAUGAUUGAUCACCCAUUCGUCGCUCCCACGUAUCGAGUGCAAGUGACCACUCUGACUCAAUUCGCAACCAAGCUUCUUUACGCAGCCAAACAAGUCGUCGGGGGAUUGGUCUUGAAGAAAGGGUUCCUGACAAACCCUGUCGCUGAUUUCCUGGCCUGGGAGAAAAUCCCAGAGUCCCUGCGCAAGUCCUUCUCCCAGGACACUUUGAGCAAACUGUCUGAAUACCCCAAGGACUGGCCAGAGGCAGAGUACAUCUCCGGCGCAGGAUACAUUGGAGACGUUUCCAAUCUCCUGACAACCCAGCCCAAAGAUGGAUACCAAUAUGCAUCCAUGCUCGGCGUUCUGAUCACACCAAUCUCCCGCGGCAACGUUACCCUCCAGUCGGCAGAUACCAAGGAUCUCCCAAUCAUCAACCCUAACUGGUUGGAAGAAAAAGCCGAUCAAGAAGUGACCAUUGCGAUGUUCAAGCGCAUACGCGAAGCAUUCCAGAGCAAAGCUAUGGAGCCGGUCGUAAUUGGCGAUGAGUAUAAUCCCGGUCUUCAGGUCAAGACUGAUGACCAGAUCCUCGAGUUCAUCAAGAACAAUGUGAUGACACUGUGGCAUGCUGCUUGCACUUGCAAGAUGGGUACUAAAGAUGACAAAAUGGCUGUUGUGGAUUCCCAGGCGAAGGUGUAUGGCGUUGAUGGACUGCGUGUUGUUGAUGCUAGCGCUUUCCCUUUCCUGCCCCCUGGUCACCCUCAGUCGACUGUUUAUAUGCUUGCUGAAAAGAUCGCCCAGGAUAUCAUCAAUGGUGCAAAGUGA